ACUCGCUGAACGUUGUUGCUGUUGUUAACGUCAACAAAAUGACCGACACCAAUCCACUUUCAGUUCCAUCUGAAACUGAAACAACAGUGGCACGGGAUCUCCGUUACACUUGAAUUGCUCUAGAAUCUAGAGUCUAGAUCAACAGGAAAGUAAAAAUAUGCCUGACUCCAAAAUAUGUCAUUAAUAUGUCUGACUCCAACAUUUUGAGAAGCAGGUCACAAUCAAGCCGCUUUAGUGUUGAUGGAGAUCAAGCUGGAACUGGAAGGGGCCUAGACCCAUACUUUCCAUUAGUUGAUCAUGUAGAAUUGCUCUCAUCGCAACUUGGAAAUCUUCUUAAAGGUGAAAACAAUACCGAUGUAACUUUCGUUGUAGAAGGAGAACAAUUCGAAGCACAUCGUAUUAUUCUGUCAGCGCGAUGCGAAUAUUUUCGAGCACUAUUGUAUGGCGGAAUGAAAGAGACAACAGACAUGGCUAAAAUCGAGUUACAUGACACACCCGCGAAAGUUUUCAAAUAUCUGCUAAAGUAUAUUUACAGUGGAAGGCUGUUCUUGAGGGAGCUUGAAGAGCGUGAUAUCCUUGACAUGCUUAUUCUCGCAAAUAGAUAUAGUCUGUUGUCUCUUGAAAGCGCAAUAACAGGAUAUUUCAAAGAAGUCAUCGGAGAAUGUACAGUAACUGAUAUUUAUGACGUUGCAUCGACGAUAGGAAUCACUGAUUUAGAAUCCAUAUGCAUUGAUUACAUGGAUCAUCACGCUGAUGAAAUAAUCAAUUCAGAAGGCUUUACAAGGUUGUCAAGGAAAUCCCUCAAAGAAAUAAUUUCAAGAGGGUCAUUUUGUAUACCAGAAGACUUUCUUUUUGUUGGUGUGAGUAAAUGGCUCUCUGAGAAUGAUGAUGUAGAUGAAUAUGAGACACGAGAAUUGCUUUCAUGCAUACGAUUGCCUCUAAUGGAGUUAGAUCUACUCAAUGAAAUUAGAGACUCAAAACUUUUUACAGCUGAUGAUAUCUUAGAAGCUGUGAAAAUCAGACAUGAGAAAAAAUUGAAUGAACUUCCACACAGAGGUUACCUUAUGAAAGAUGAGAACCUUGCUCAAUAUUGCCAUGAUGCAAAAGUCAUAACUGGAGAAAUGAAAGAAACACUCUUUGAUUUAGUAAAACCAGCAUAUGAUCUAGAAAAGGGCUACACACGACAUAUGAUUAAAGAUACUGGAAUCACUAUUGAACUGGGGAGGCCAAGUAUUAUUAAUACAAUAAAGAUGCUACUCUGGGAUCUUGACAAUAGGUCAUACUCAUAUGGAAUUGAAUAUUCAAUGGACCAGUCUGACUGGACCACUCUUAUUGAUUACACAAAACACUUUUGCAGAUCAUCUCAAAUACUCUGCUUUGAGCCCAUUGUUGCAAGGUAUCUCAAGAUCACUGGCACUUACAAUUCACUAAACAAAUGUUUCCAUCUUGUUUUAUUUGAGUGCCUGUAUAGUAGCUCAUGUUUGCCAGUUCAAAAUUCUUUCAUUGUUCCAAAUGAAAAUGUGGCUUCAGUGAUGGCAAAAGCGAUUGUUUUGGAAGGCGUCAGUCGCAACAGAAACGCACUCAUCGACGGUGAUACUAAGAAUUAUGACUGGGAGUCUGGAUACACGUGUCAUCAGAUUGGAAGUGGAUGCAUUACAAUACAGUUGGCUCAGCCAUUUGUUAUUGGUUCCAUGAGGAUGCUUCUGUGGGACUGCGAUGAUCGUCAGUAUUGUUAUCGCAUCGAGGUGUCUCUUGAUCAGAAUGAAUGGCUUACAGUUUGUAAUAGAGCGAAUGAGCCCAGCAGAUCUUGGCAAACUAUAACAUUUCCUCAAAGACCCGUAUCAUUUAUAAAACUUAUUGGAACAAAAAAUACAGCGAACCAGGUCUUUCAUGUUGUGCAUUUUGAAUGCCCUGCGGUGGAGGAUCUCUGCUCAAGCUCAUCAGUUACAGAAUCAGUCACCGACCGUGACACAGAAGAUUGUUGAUAAACCAUAGUGAAGUAAUGUGUAGUUUUCAGUGAUAUUUUCCUGUAUAGUGCUCAGAGCUCCUAUGUAUCUGAUCGUAGUCUUGAGUCCCCAGUGGAAGCCGAUAAUUUUGUGUACUACCCAUCACCUGCAUCCAUGAUUUGCAUCCAUGAUUUGCAUCCAUGAUUUGCAUCCAUGAUUUGCAUCCAUGAUUUGCAUCCAUGAUUUCUCUGACAAAAAUAUCAUUAUUUUGCUAAAUCUAGGAGAUCGAUAUUUUUGUGCCAUGAUGAGGAAAUAGCAAAAUGCUUCUCUAUUCUUCAGUAUUCACUAUUUUUCUAAAUAUAUAGGAGGCAUUGUGCUUUUUUGUGAGCUGUUUUAGAUUAGAGUACUCAAGAGAAACUCAUUUCUCCAAAUCCCCAUGUUUAUGGUACCAAUGGAAGUAUCUAGGUAUUCAGGCGUAUUCAGUUGUCAUGGUGGAAUCUUCCAGAUUUUGGGAAAAUAAAAUAAGUAGGUAAUGAAGAGCAUUACUUUUGCGACUAGAAGAUGAGGAAUAAUUUCUUUAUUUUCAUGACUGGUGAUAUAAAAUUCUUCGUAAGCUGUUGUAACACGUAUAGUCCGAGAGGUUCUACAAACCCAGAAGCAUCUCGUCUGUUCACUGUAUAAUAUAUUAAUUAUGUCAAAUUAGUUUGAAUAAGUUAGUGCAUUGUGAAUGUUUAAGGUAGAUAAUGUCAGCUUGUAUAAAAGAAAUGUUGUUGUUUAAAAGCAUGGCUUACUUAGCUUU